AUGUUAAAACGUUGGAGUCUUUUGCGUUAUUUAUUUGCAUCUUUUGAACCGAAUGCAUCGUAUUUACGCUCUCAUGCAAUAAAUAAGAAACAGUUAUGGACAAAGGCUAUUCAAUCAAAUUCAUUAAUUGCCAGAGUGCUAUGUAUGCAGCCAAUUAAACAUUUUGCGGAUACAACUAAUCCAUUACCGCCAACUGUUGAUUCAACAACUGUGGUACGAAAACCGGUUCGAAGACGUAGACCUCUAACUUCAGUUUAUGAUUCGACGUAUCCAAGAGGACCGGAAAUUAUUGGUGUAGCAAUGGCAGAAUCCUUCAGAUUGCUUGAUUUACUCGAUGAUGAUCAUUUGUUCAGCUUAUAUAAUUGUACGCAUAUCGAUGAAGAAAUUGAUGAUGGUUUACAUUUUGUGCCAAAACCACAAUAUAUUAUUGAUCAGAAUGCAAUUAAAGAAUUCUUUUUGUUUGCUGAUGGUGUUGUUGUCUUUUGGGGCAUUAAUCAAAUUGAGCGUAGCCAAAUAAUGGAUAUUUUGUCCCAAUAUACAGAAUUGCCAUAUGAAGCAUCAGUUGUUCUCGAAGAAACCGAUACCUUAUCAUUUCGUAUGGUAAAAGAAGGUGAAACACGAUUGAAAGGUGAACAAUUACUACUUAAUUUUGCUAAUUAUUUGGAUGGACAUUUCUCGUCUUUAGCAACUUUGGAGCGAUUUGCUUUCUCUCAUGGAAUGGCUGCAUCAGUAAAAGUUGCAAUAUGGGAAGCACAGUUGUUGGAAUAUGCUGAACCGCUCGCCAAAGCUUCAAAAGGACUUAGUAUUGGUAAAAUUCCUUUGAAGCGAAAAAAUGUACUAAUGCAAACUGGUACUCUGUUAUCACUUAGGUGA